AUGCUGCUAGGGAUAGAUUCCCACCGCCCCUCAAUUAUCUCGUGUUGUGAGCAGUCAGAAGCAGGAGUUAUGAGAAGGAGCAAGCCAGAGACCAGGCUAAAGCUGUUUGUUUCCUUCAAAGAUCCUAACGGGCAAGAUGUACAAACAGGGUGGCAUUGUGAAUGGACCGGACCUGAGCCACGCCUUUCAUCUAAGAGAGCCAACCGUUCCACAGCUCACCCAAUUUUUCUCUGUGCAUGCCAACUCCACAUGCGCAUGUGUGUACAUAUCAAUAACUUCUUUAUCAGGAAAUAA